AUGGUCUUUUGUGGGAUUGUGUCAAGCUUGGGAUCGUUUAGUUUGGGAUGGACCAUUGGAUCCCCAAAUAUUGUUGGACGAAUAACACACGACUGCUCCCCAUCCAUCGAUUACACACAUAAUUCUGUACUACCAGACUGUAUCCCAAUGAGCACGUUAUUAUGGGGAUUUGCCGUCUCUUCCUAUUGUCUGGGCGGUCUCGUCGCUAGCCUCUUGGCCGGCACCAUUUUGAAUCGAAUAGGUCGUAAAAAAACCAUCAGUCUCAAUAAUCUCGGUUGGUUAAUAGGCGCCGUUCUCAUUGCUCUAUCAACGUCGCCUGUCAUGUUUGUUUUCGGUCGCAUCUUUUGUGGAUUAUCAUGUGGACUAGGCUCCGUAGCCACACCAACCUAUAAUGGCGAAAUAUCCACCACGCGCGGUCGCGGUACCAUUGGCACUUUGAACCAAUUGUUUAUUGUGAUUGGUAUCUUAUCGUCCAAUUUGGUGGGACUCGUCUUGGCUACGGUGCCCAUGUGGCGAGUCAGCUAUGCCUUGGUUAUCCUGCCCGCGUUAUUGCAAAUGGUGAUGAUGCCAUUUUGCGUGGAAUCCCCGCGCUAUCUCAUAUCAAAAAAUCGAAUCGACGAGGCCAAGAAUGCUCUGCAACGUUUGCGAGGAAAAUGUCUUGUGGAUGGUGAAUUGAGCGAUAUUAUUGCUGGGCAGCUCGGCGUGGCGGCCACGCUUCCCGAGUCGUCAUCCACCCUCGACUUGUCGAUCAAAAAGGUGUCUACCAAGGAAGUCGUCGCGGAGAGUCCGCAAAAAUUCAAACAAGCUUACUCUAUUCGUGACCUUUUCAACGACCCCGUUGUUUUCCAGAUCACCUGUAUUGUCAUGGUUUUGCAUGCAACCCAGCAACUGUCAGCUGUCAAUGGGGUUAUGUACUAUUCCACCACGAUUUUUGAUGCCGCGUUCGAUCAACAAACAUCCAUGUACAUUGCCAUUGCCACUUCAGGUGUCAACCUCGUUGUUUCCUUACUAUCUGCUUUCCUUAUUGAUCACGUCGGACGGCGUUUUCUGCUCAUUCUGGCCAUGGUCGGAGGCUGUGUCACCGGUAUUACCUUGGCGUUGGGUGGCUACUUCCAGCAACAAGUCGUGCUGGUAGUUUCUGUGUUCUUGUUCGUGUCGUCGUUUGCCAUAGGUCUCGGCUCCAUCCCUUGGAUGAUUACCUCGGAACUGGCGCCUACGCACGCCGCUUCCUCGGUGGGAGCGGUCGCCACCAGCAUCAACUGGGCGUCCAAUUUUGUCAUUGGUCUCUUAUUUCCGACCUUACUGGCCACAUUGCAUUCGUUUGCUUUCCUCAUCUUUUCCGCCAUCCUUCUUUUGGCCACCAUUUAUACAAUUGUCUAUGUUCCAGAGACCAAGGGCCGAUCUCUGGAAGAAAUCAAUGCAAGUUUUGAACGUAGAAUUCGAUAUGGCAUUUCCAACAACGAUCUCAAAAAUGAAAUUGUUGAAUAA